AUGGAUCUGGCCAUGGGGGCCAUGGGCUCCCUCAACAAAUUGAGCGAGGUUAUCAAGGAGGAGUACAAGCUACAGAAGGGCGUCAAGAAAAAGGUCAAGUCCUUCUCUGCCGAGCUGGAUAUUAUGCGCGCUGCCCUUGGCAAGGUGGCAGAGGUGCCACGGGAUCAGCUCGACGAGCAAGUCAAGCUUUGGGCUGACGAUGUCAGGGAGCUGUCUUACGACAUGGAGGAUGUUGUUGACUCUCUCCUGGUGCGUGUUGAGGGCAGUGACCCCAAUGCUGAUCAGUUCAACUUCAAGAAGCUCAUGGCCAAGAUGCUAAACGUGUUUAAAAAGGGCAAGGCUCGCCGUGAGAUUUCCACAGCAGUCGAAGAGAUCCAUGAGCGGUUGCAAGAUGUGACCAGACGACAUGAAAGGUAUAAUCUUGCUAAUUUACCUGCAGCGAAAAGGACCACCACUGACCCUUUCUGGGAGGUUUUCUACGGGGAUAAGAAGAAUAUCAUCGGCCUACAGAAAGCAAGGGACGAUAUUAUCAAGAAGAUCAGUGACGGUGAUCCAGUGUCCAAGGCGCAUCUCAAGAUACUCUCAGUUGUGGGAUUUGGAGGAUUGGGCAAGACCACACUUGCCAGAGAAGUAUAUGAUUCCCUUCCAACAAAAUUUGGUUACAAAGCUUUUGUGUCUGUGUCUCGGAAUCCCGACAUGAAGAAAGUAUUAAGCAAUCUUCUCUUCAAACUUGACAAGGAAAAACACGCUAGUAUGAAUGCAGCAAACUUGGAUGUAGAGCAGCUCAUCAUCCUAGCCCGUGAACUGCUUAGCAAGAAAAGGUACUUUAUAAUUAUCGAUGAUUUAUGGGAUAAAGAAGCAUGUAAAACAAUCAGACUUGCACUCGUGGACAAUGGGUGUGGAAGUAUAAUAAUCACUACCACCCGACAUGAUGAUGUCUCUAAAAUAUGCAGCUCUUAUAAAGAUGAUAUGAUUCAUAAGAUGGAACCUCUCUCUGACAAUCACUCCCAAAUACUUUUCUAUAGAAGAAUAUUUGGAAGUGAGGUUUGUCCUCCUAGAUUCCAGCAAGUAUCCAAAAAGAUCUUAAAGAAAUGUGUUGGGGUACCAUUAGCCAUCAUCAGUUUGGCUAGUUAUUUGGCUAAUAAUGAGAGGACCAACCAAAUUGAUCAAUGGUAUGUUUUGCUCAACUCUAUUGGCCGUGGACUUAAAAAAGGUGAUGAUCAUGUGAAGAAAAUGAAGAGGAUAUUAUCAUUGAGCUUUUAUGACCUCCCUUCUUAUUUGAAGACUUGCUUUUUAUAUCUAAGUAUCUUUCCAGAAGAUCAUCAAAUUAGCAGAGAUCGGUUGAUAAGAAGAUGGAUUAGUGAAGCAUUUAUCCAAGUAGAAGAUGAAACUGCUAGCCUGCUUGAGCUUGGAGAUAGCUACUUCAACCAGCUAGUAAACAGAAACAUGAUCAUUCCGAUAAACAUGCAUGUUGAUGGCAGGGUUGAAGCUUGUUGUGUACAUGACAUAAUGCUGGAUCUCAUAUGUGAAUUAUCAAGCGAAGUAAACUUUGUUACUGUAUUGGAUGUUAUCAAGGGAGACGCAGCUUUGAAAGAGAACUUCCGCAGAUUGUCCAUCCAGAAGAGCAUGACAGAUCUCACCACCACUCAGAUGGGUACCACAAGCAUGUCACAAGUAAGGUCUUUCACGGCUUUUAGUCCUGUUGUUAGUAAGAUCCCCCCUCUCUCUAUAUUUCAAGUUUUACGUGUAUUGGAUCUAGAAGGUUGUGAUCUUCGAAGAAGUCCUGGCAUUUGCCUUAGGCAUGUUGAUAAAUUGUUACAUUUGAGAUAUCUGGGGUUAAGGGGCACAAAGGUUGGCAAGCUCCUUAUGGAAAUAGGAAAGCUACAGUUUUUGCAGACACUAGACUUGCAAUUGACCAAUUCAAAAGAAUUAUCGCCCAGUGUCGUUCAGCUGAGGCAGUUGGUGUGCCUAAUCCUUGAUUCAGGUAUGUCACUACCAAAAGGGUUAUGCAACCUGACAUGCCUUGAACAGCUGAUGGGGCACAAUAUGAGCUUUCAUUCUGAACAAACAGCAAAAGAGCUGGGCCAUAUGACCAGGCUAAGAGAGCUCUCCUUUAGAUUGGAUGUUGGGGGAAAUGAUGAAGUUACUAAAGCUUUGAUUGGGUCCAUAGCCAAGCUACACAAACUCGAGCGCCUGGAAAUCUCCGUUAAUGGUAAUUGGCGUGACCUAGUGCACGGUUUGGUGCCGCCUCCAAACCUACGCAGGCUUAGUUCAUACAACCAAUUGCGGCUCAUUCCUGCAUGGAUUUGUUCUUCAUCGCUGCCUCUACUCUCCUACCUUGAUCUAACUGCCUUUGAAGUGCGCUCCGGAGAAAUCCAGAACCUUGGGAUGCUGCCGGCUCUCUGUUAUAUCGCCCUUGACACAGGCAAUAUCAAAGUAGUGGUGGAGAAGCUAGAAGUUAGCGCUGGUGCCUUCCCGGAGGCGAGAGUAUGCCUUUUCCACAGAAUUAUACUGGUGAACCCUACGUUCCAAAAAGGAGCUAUGCCAAUGAUUCAACGCCUUCGCUUCGGUCUCCGAGUGAAUGACAUCCUCAGUCCUGAGUUUGAUUUGAGCAUAAGGAACCUUCCUUCGCUCAAGCAACUCAGAAUUGACCUUUCCAAUAAGGAAGUCAGCCCUGAGGAUUAUUCUGAAGCCAUAGACAUGCUGAGGUGUGUGGCAGAGAGCCAUCCCCAAAGCCCCACCCUUCGUGCUGAUGAAUACUGA